AUGGCUAUGUCAGGUGGAAGGUUCCUUCAACAUCUACUUCCAGCUGUUUUGAUUCUGUUCCUUUUCCAGCAAAGAGUUGCGGAUUCUGACGUUAUAAGUUGCAGAGAAGAGGAAAGAGAACCGCUGCUUGUAUUUAAACAGGGGCUGCUGGAUAAUGUUGGCAUUCUCUCUUCUUGGGGAAGUGAAGAUGAUAAAAAAAAUUGUUGUGAAUGGGAAGGAAUCCAAUGUCUUCAAACCGGCCAUGUGUACGGACUCGCACUUAACGGAAAAAAUGCAUCUAACGCGCCAUUUGAAGGUACAAUUAAUGCGUCUUUACUUAAACUGCGUCAUUUAAGCUAUUUAGACCUCAGUUACAAUAAUUUUAGUUGGAGCCCAAUCCCAGAGUUCAUUGAUUCCCUCACCCAAUUGAGGCACCUUGAUCUCUCUCACGCUGAUUUGAAAGGACCAAUUCCCCACAGGCUGGGAAACCUUUCAAGGCUACAACUUCUUGAUCUUAGCGGUAAUGAUGGUUUAUAUAACGUUGGAAACAUUGAGUGGCUUUCCCAUCUUUCUUCUUUGAGAUAUCUUGACUUAAGUGGCAGCGAUCUUCGUAAAUCAAAUGAUUGGUUUCAAGCCAUUAACAAGCUCCCAUUCCUCACAGAUUUAAGGGUAGUUUGGUGUAAUCUUCCACAGAUUAUGCCUUGGGCUCCCCUAAAAGUCAAUGCUACUGCAUCAUUUGUGAGCCUUGAUCUAACUGGCAACAAUGUAACCAAUUCUAUAUACCCGUGGUUGUUCAAUGUCAGUAGCAAUCUUAACCGACUUUCCCUCAAUUUUAACGUUUUACAAGGUUCAAUUCCUGAAGCUUUCGGAAAUUACAUGGUUUCUCUAACCGAUCUCUUUCUUCAGUCCAACGAACUAGAAGGUGGCUUUCCAAAGUCCAUCGGAAAUAUGAGUUGUCUGCAUACAUUAGAGUUGUCUUCCAAUAAUCUGAUAGGACAACUCUCUGGGUUCUUUCAAAAUCUAUCUGGUGGAUGCACAGAGAAGAAGCUGGAGUUUUUGCAUUUAUUGGACAACAAAAUCACGGGAUCCGUGCCUGAUUUUACAAGAUUUUCAUCCUUAAAAGAAUUAGGACUUGGACAAAAUCGGUUAAACGGAACCAUUCACAAAAGCAUCGGACAAAUGUUUGAGCUUUGA